AUGGACCCUUCACCGGAGUACAAUUUCGACCAGAUUGUAGGGCACAUCAGGAGUGAAAUCGACGAGAUUAAGCAGCUCGAACGAAAGGGACUCGCGUCUGAGAAGAAGCAAUGCGUCGAGAAACUCAUCGUCUUUGUGGAAGACAACAGCGAGGGCCUUUCUCGGGACGACGGCCACACGGUCUUACACCGUUUCCUCUACGACGGAAGCAUGGCCGAGAACUGCCCGCCCGAAGUCUUCCGCGCGAUACUCUUCUACAGACCCGAAUGCAUCCUCAUGUAUGACGACAAGGAGGUCCCGCUCGUCGAGUUCAUCAGGCGGCGCUCCGAGACCAUGACGCGCGCCAUCAUCGAGUUCAUGGCCAGCGACGUCAAGAGCUUCAGCCUGGCCAGGCUGGUCGAGGAGGUCGAGAACUGGAUCCCCGACGACUACGGGAUUAAAGAGCGCGGCAGGGAGGUCGUUCAGGCUGCCUUCGACUUCUACGACAAGGGCCAGCUGCUGCCGCUCGACAUCGAACUCCUCGAGAUGCUCGUGAGGCUCGCGACGCCCGACAUGCUGCGGAAGGGCUUGGGCAGCGAGCUCAGCCCGCUGGAACAGGCGCUACGUUACGACGUGUCCGUCAAGAAACCAGAGCGGCAGCUGGCGCUCGUGAGGCUCAUCCUCGACAAGUGCGAGGAGAGCAUCGACGACGUUGUGAACGAGAGGGCCAAGCUCAAGGUCGGCCCGGGCAAGACGGAGGUGUCUCCCUGCAAGCGGAGCGUGUACCAGUGGCACGUCGCCACACGGGAGUCCUGGCAUCGCCGGCGUGACGAACAGAUGCAAUCCGACGCGAACGGUGUUACGAGACCAGCUGGACCGCAACAAGCGAACACUAACGGCGGGCUGCUGGAGGAGAGGCAGAGGAUGAAGGGGACGUUGCUGUCCAAGCCGGGACCGCCGGGCAAGCUCUAUUCGAUCCCGGGGAUCAACAGCACUGCUCCAAUGUCCAGACCCGAGGACGCGAGCACUUCCAAGCACAUCCGUGGUCUAUCCAGCAAUCUCAGGCCAGGUCCCAACAGACAGCACGCAAUCCAGGCCGGCCAGGAGAAGGAGGGCCAGCACCGGCCUUUCCAGUCGCGCAUCGGCCCGAUGAACCGGCGGAUGGCCAGCGAAACGCGGGUCACCAAGCAGGAAAUUGACAACGCGGACGAGGCGAGCAAGAGUGUUCUCCGGGAACUUGGGCUCCGAUUCCUCCGGUGGACGCUUUUCAACCGCGGAUCGGGGGACGUUACGUUGGAAGAGACGAUGCAGAGCUUCUUUGGCACCGAGAAACAACACUAUUACUUUGCAAUGGACCUUACAAAAGUCUACAAAGACAUGACGGAGCCCCUCGUCAAGAGCUACUUUAGCCAGCGGAAGCACUACCACGUCCUCCGUCACGUCGUGCUCCCGCGCGCCCGCAUCCUCCUCGAGAACGAGAGUGACAAGUCCACCCAGCCACGCUACACAGACCAGCUUCAGUUCUUCCGCUGGUUCCGUUCCUGGGGCGUCGAGAAGAUCCUCAAGGUGGUCGUCGACGACCGCGCCCACCCGCACCGGGACGAGGAGAUUGAGGAGGUGCUGGCCGGUCUGCGCGGCAAGGAGCCGCUGCACCAGAGGUCGUUCGACGUCGAGGUGCUCGACUGGCGGAAGGAGGACCUGUGCCCCGAGGUGAUUCGCACGGCGGCGCCCCAGGUGCGCGAGCUGCACUUAUACUGGAGCGGGAGGAACUCGGUGCUUCGCGGAUGGAGCGAGCCCGAGGGGCUACCUCUGCUGGAAUCCCUGAGGACGGUCUAUCUGUACUACACGCAGCCUUCGGUGAGCAUGAAGCGCGUCGAGGCCAACGUUGCGGCCUUUAUAGAACGCAUGAUGCAGCCGAGACCGCGGUCCAAGGAAAUCGCCCGGGGGGCACACGAUGAGGUCCUUGUGAAGCUGCCACAACGCCAGCCGACUCUAACGCCGACCUCGCUGGCCAGACAGAUGACGAGGACGAGCCUAACCGAGACCCAGGACUCGGACAACCUGCUGCCCAAGAUCACGAUUCAUGACAUGGGACAGAUCACGGUGGCGGGGUUGUCGACCUCGGUCGGCACCGCGGGCUUGGGGACUGGGGCCGUUGAGCAGCCGUGGUUCAAGUACGUCGAGGACUUCGUCUCGAUGAUCCCACCCUUGCCGGACAGCGCCUACAGCGCGGGGAACCCCCACUUGCGGCGGGUGCGGGUGGCUCUCAUCGACGAUGGCGUCGACAUCUUCGACAAGGGCAUGCGAACGCUGCAGCCGCGGUUCCGCGAGGGCCAGAGCUUCGACCAGACGAUGCCCGACGGGCCGAACCCGGUGUACUCAUCCGUCAGCGGGCACGGCACGUUCAUGGCCAAGUCCAUCCUGCGGAUAUGUCCCUUUGCCGAUGUUGUGCCAUAUAGGCUGACCACCAUUCCGGAUCCGACGGGCAAGAUCCUGCGGCCGGAGCCGGGGAGUGCGGCCAAGGCCAUCCGGGCCGCCAUCUUCCAGGGCGUCGACAUCAUCAGCAUGUCCUGGACGAUCCGCAAGGACGACAGCGAGUUCAACAAGCCCGGCAUGAGCGAGCUGCGCCGCGUCGUGGCCGACGCCCGUACCGCCCGCCGGCGCAUCCCCAUCAUGUUCUGCGCGGCGAGCGACGACGGCAACCAGGCGCGCGGCGGGCAGCACGGCAAGGAAGAGCUGCCGCGCGACAUGGACAAGGACAUCUUCUGCAUCGGCGCCGCCGACUCGAGCGGCCAGGUGUGGCCCAAGGUCACGGACCAGAGCGGCCUGCACUUCAUCUUCCCGGGGGUCGACAUCAAGGACGUCACCGCGGGCGACGACGGGGCCGACGGUACCGGCACCGGCACCGGUACUACCCAGCUCCACGACCUCCUGAGCGGCGGCAGCAACAACGGGCGGACGGGGUCCUCGGUCGCCACGGCGCUUGCGGCCGGCCUCGCGGCGCUGCUGAUCCACUGCACGAAACUGGGGUUGUACUACACGCGCGAGUGGCGGCACAACGCGGACCGGGCGGCGUCGGCCGAGACCAUCAUCCAGCCGGCCCUCGUCGACCAGAUCGCGUCCUUCACGGGCAUGAAGAGCGCGCUCGACAGGCUGAGCACCGACAGCCGCAGCGGGACGCGGUACGCGAACCCGACCGAGGUGUUCGGCCGGGCCACGCAGGGCUUGAAGGAGUACGAGGCGCGCGGGGGCACCGAGAAUAACCUGCCGGACUCGCUGGGGCCGAUCGCCACGCUUUGUAGAAACCUGUGCGAGGCGUGA